AAGCAAUUUCCCCGAGAUGUAAUCGGUUUUUGCCAUAAUUUGACCGUACUCUGAAAUAAAGCUUCGAAGCCACCCACGCAUCUCUAAUUGUAAUCAUAUUGAAAAGAUGUUUUUCACAUUAUGCUUGAUGGCUUCGAUUGCAUGGUGCACUGCACAGAAAGAAAAUUUUCUUCUGAUAAUCGUUGACGAUUUGAGAACAACUUUAGGAUGUUACGGUGACGCGAAAGCUUAUACACCGAAUAUAGACCGAUUAGCAAGCCAAUCUGCUAUUUUUUCGCGAGCAUUUGCUCAGCAAGCUUUAUGCGCGCCAAGUAGAAAUUCGUUUUUAACGAGCAGAAGACCAGACACACUUCAACUUUAUGACUUUUAUAGCUAUUGGCGGAAAAAUGUUGGCAAUUUUACGACAUUACCUCAGCAUCUUAAAAAUAAUGGAUAUAUUACCAAAUCUAUAGGAAAAGUUUUCCAUCCAGGAGUUAGUUCAAACAAUUGUGAUGAUAGCCCUUACUCGUGGACAGAAAUACCUUUUCAUCCUCAUACAGAAAUAUACAAAGAUGCUCCAGUUUGCCAAGCAAAUUCGCGAUUAUUACCUGCACAAAAUCUUAUAUGCCCUGUAAAAAUUUCAUCAAUGCAGAAUAAAACAUUGCCAGACAUAGAAAUAUUGAAAGAGGCUAAACGUUUUCUACAAGAUCAAACAAGCAAUAUCAAUCCUUUCUUUUUGGCAGUUGGUUUUCAAAAACCACAUAUACCCUUUAAAUAUCCUGAAAAAUAUCUAAAAUAUCAUCCACUGCACAAAUUUGAUGUGCCCGAUCCAUAUAAAUGGCCAGAGAAUGUUAGUAGCAUUGCUUAUAAUCCAUGGAUAGAUUUGAGGAGAAGAAAGGACAUUGAAGCUUUGAAUCUUAAAUUUCCAUGGGAAAAAAUACCAAGAUCUUUUGGAAAAUUAAUUAUACAAUCCUACUAUGCGGCUGUAACUUACAUCGAUGAUCUGAUUGGUAAAUUAAUAUAUCAACUGGAAAUGUUGUCCUUUCGGAAAAAUACUACUAUAAUAUUGAUGUCUGAUCAUGGAUGGUCGUUAGGAGAACAUGCAGUGUGGGCAAAAUACAGUAAUUUCGACGUUGCUCUAAGAGUACCCUUAAUAGUAUCGAUCCCAGGACUUACAUUGAAUUUAAAAAAAAACAAUUUUUUUAAACAACAAUAUUUCAUGUACCUUAGGAGAAAAUUAAAAUUGCAUCAAAAAGAUGAUACCCUUAAUUUAUUUAAAAACCGAAUAAUUAUAGAUUCAAUAGUGGAAUUGGUUGAUAUUUUUCCAACCAUCGCAGAUUUAGCAAACAUUUCAAUACCUAUUUGUUCGAGCGAGAAGAAUGUUCCUCGCACAGAAAUCACCUGCAGUGAAGGAAUUUCUCUUAUGCCGCUAGUGAAAACCGCUUUAAAAGAACAGAACCUAUCAUGGAAAAAAGCGGCCUUUGCACAGUAUCCAAGACCGAGUGUUGAACCUUCGAUAAAUCCAAAUAGCGACGAACCACGAUUAAAACAGAUCAAAGCUAUGGGAUAUACUGUCAGAUCAAAUAGAUACCGUUAUACUGCUUGGCUACCGUUUAAACCUGAAACGAAAGCAUCAGAUUGGAAUAACAUUAUUGCAGAGGAAUUGUACGACCACGAGAAUGACGAAACUGAAACUCGAAAUUUGGUAAAUUUGCAGAAGUAUGCAGAUAUAAAAGAGAAACUGAAAAUUUUAUUACAACGUGGCUGGAGAAAUGGUUUACCUGAAAAGUUCAACAUUUAA